AAAUGUUUAAGGGACAUUUUCUGACAACAUGUUGAUUGUCCGUUCGUCUAUAAUCACCUUUUCACGUCUCCAGGACCACUGGUUCAGAAUGUAUAAGCCGCUCCCGAGAUGCCCCGAUGGGACUCUUCUCCCGCCGUUUGAUACUUACAUAAGGGAUGCAACACAACGAUUAAAGGAAAUACAACAUUUACAGACCAGAGACGAUGAUAUACUUGUCAGUUCAUAUCCUAAAUCAGGAAGUCAUUGGAUGCAUGAAUUUUUGUGUAGAGUACUCCACGACCAAGAAGCGAAAUUUCCUCGAAUGGAACACACUUUCCUGGACAUAAUACCCGAAUUUUCUCGAAUGGAUUCUUUACCAUCCCCACGAAUUCUUUACACACAUCUACCUGUUCAUUUCCUGCCAGAGGACCAUAUCAAAAACGGAAGGAAGAUAAUACACAUCGUCCGUGACCCUAGGGACAUAGCUGUCUCGGCUUACUACCACUUCCUGAAUGUACCAUUUUUCAAGGACUACUUACCCACAGAUUGGAACAGCCAUCUUUCCGAUUUUAUGUCAGGCAAUUUCAUGUACGGGGAAUGGUGCCAGUAUGAACUUCAAUGGGAGAAAUUCUCCAAAUCUGGCAAUGUUUUAGUUCUGCGAUACGAAGAUAUGAAGUCGGAUGAAGUAGAGUGUGUAAGAAGGAUUGCGGAAUAUUUGGGCAUACCAUGUGACAAGGAAGCUGCCGUUCGAAUUGCCUCUGAUUGCCAUAUUUUAAAAUUAAGAGAGCGCAAGAAAUCAGGAAGAUUAGGUUUCAUAUACCGUAAAGGGGAAGUAGGAGAUUGGAAAAACCAUUUCUCCUCGGCACAAGAAAAACAAUUCAGUUUGUUUUUUAGAGAGAGGUUGAGGGAUUCAAGUUUAAAUUCUUACUUUCAGACAAUAAAAUCUAAAAUAUAAUACCGAUUAAUUGUUUGUAUUUUAAACCAUACAAUAUUUAAAACCAGUUAUGUCAAUUCCCAGCAAG